GAAGGAACAGAAGGCUUGGGCAAGCUUAAACACCCAAAUAGUUGAAAGAAAAAAAAAUACUCCUAUUUGGUAGAACUGCAAGAAAAGAAGCCACCUAUCGGUAAAACUAUGUCAGUAUUAAGUUUAGAUGCAACCACAUCGAAAGGAAGAUGGUGUCCGUGCCAUAUCGGUGAGCUACCUGUCGAACUAUUGCUCAUGAUUGUAAGCCGUAUAUCUGCUCUUGAUUACAUCUAUGCCCGAGUUGUUUGUAAAUGUUGGCGUUCAGCUUUCGCUAAGUGCUUAGAGACAGAAGUAUCACAAAGCAAAUUUUGUAAAUGGCUCCCAUUUUUUCUGAUCUUGAAAGCUGGGCAUCAGGAAAGGCCUGCGGGACAGUUAUGUGCAGAAAAACCAAUUCUUUACACGACCGGCAAGUUCGGAGAUUUGUCAACAAAUCGUGUCUACACCACCGGUGCAGAAGAGCUUAAUGGAACUCGAGUCCUUCUAGCAAGAUAUGGAUGGCUACUCUUAUUUUCAUCUGAAGAGAAAUCUAAAUCGUUGUUCUUUUUUAAUCCAUUUUCUAGGGCUAGAAUUUCCCUACCCUAUUUAAAUGUGCAUGAAUUAGAUUGUUCUAUAUUUGACAUUUCAUUGUCGCCCACAUCACGGAACUGUAUGAUAUUUGCAAUAUGGCGUCACUCGAACAUGUUUAAGUUUGGUCUUUGUAACCACGAAGAUGAAUCAUGGACCAUAAAGCUUUACAGUUUGGAGUCUAAAAGUCACGUAGUCAAUACGGUUCUUGUGAAUGGAAUUUGGUAUUGCUUGCAUGAAAAUGGCGAUUUUAGCAGUUUCAAUUGUGUUACAAGGAGCAUGAUGUUCUUGGGUCAACCAGAUGGAAUGCCAGAUAUGUGGCACGAAACAUAUAAACAUGUAUCAUAUGUAAUUAGACGCGGGGAGCAAGUGUUUUUGCGAGUUCAUUGCUGCUUCCCUUAUGAGAUCGCAUUAAAAGAUCCGCUAGAAGCGUCAAUUGUUUCGGUUUUCACAGCCUACAAGGAAGAGGCAUUGUUUCGCUCUGAUGUGAAGGGAGCAAUGAUUCAAUUUCAGGAUGUGUUAGUGGCGGAUUCCUUCAGCAGUGAUGCAUGGUGCGGCAUGAGCAAUUCAGAUGGCAUUGUAACAUUUGGUUGGCACAACUUUAUUAGCAGUAUCAAGUUGAAUUCGCAUUCUCUUAGAUUACCCUGUUCACCCAUCUUAUGGUUUCACCCAACGUGGGUUGAUUCUUCUCACCACUUCACCUGGAAAUUGUGAAACUAUAGUCCUAUUCUAUAGUAUGCUAUCAAAUAAUAUU